GCGACACACGCGCACAGGACGCAGCGCGUGCACAGCGCUUCACUCCUCCAGGUUUUAUUUCUCUCUGGAUGGAGCCGCAGAUCUGACGUCAUCACAACAGCUCACUUUUGUCUUUUCGCCUGAAGAAAAUGUCUCGACCGCUGUCUCUCAGUUUCCUGUCCCCGCACGGAGUCCUGAAGUCUCUGCUGGAGACACCUGUGAGGCGGUCCCUGCACCAAGCUCUCAGCAAGGAGCAGGAGAAGGAGAAGAACCUGGAGGAGGAGCACAGCGCCCCCCAGUCAGCCUUCCUGGGCCCAACGCUGUGGGACAAGACUCUGCCCUACGAUGGAGACUCCUUCCAGAUGGAGUACAUGGACCUGGAGGAGUUUCUGUCGGAGAACGGCCUCCCCUCCAGCCCCUCCCACUACCUCCACCACCAUCACGACCAGCACAAACCACAGGCUACAUCACGCCACCAGCCAAUCACGCCCCCGGCCCCACCCACUCUGACGCCCUCAGUGAUGGACCUGAGCAGCCACGCCUCCAUAAAGGAGAGCCUCACCCCUCCCAGCCCGGCGAGAGCAGGCCUCCCAAACUCCAGAAACACUCCGAGCCCCAUCGACCCAGACUCCAUCCAGAUUCCCAGUGGCUACCAGCCCGACCCUGCAGACCUGGUCCUGUCCAGCGUCCCGGGUCAGGAGAUGUUCGACCCACGCAAACGCAAGUUCUCUGCCGAGGAGCUGAGACCGCAGCCGAUGAUCAAGAAGGCUCGGAAGGUCUUCAUGCCGGAGGACCUGAAGGAUGACAAAUACUGGGCCGGCCGCAGGAAGAACAACUUUGCUGCGAAGCGGUCCCGGGACGCUCGGCGGCUCAAAGAGAACCAGAUCGCCACCCGAGCCGGCUUCCUGGAAAAGGAGAACUGUGCUCUGAGGUGGGAGGUGGCCGACCUGAGGAAGGAGCUCGGACACACCAAGAACAUCCUGUCCAAGUACAAGGGGCUGCACGGGCCACUCUGACCACACACACACAGAGCCCCGCAUUUGGUUCCUCAUUGGUUCCCACUGAGAACGCAAAUGAUUCUCAACACCUCACACAGUUGUCGAUUUAAAAAACACAACAAAACACUGUUUUAUCGCUCUGCACCAGUGACACCUAGUGGAGACACAGAGGCUUUCAGGUUGUUUGUCUCAUUAUCGUGAAUAUUUCUUCAAAUUUUGUCCAAAUGUUCAUUUAGUUCAGGGGUCGGCGACCUUUUCUAUCAAGGAGCCAUUUCGCUCGCUCUUCUACCAAAUACGAUUGGUCUGGAGCCGCGGGUUGCCGACCCCUGAUUUAGACUCAUGAGAGAAUUGAUUAGAUCUGUGUGGCUAAAGGUCACACGCAUGCACACACACACACACCAGCCCCUGCAGGUGCCCCCCCACAAAGCCUCCCAUAAUGCACCUGUCCACAUGUACAAACCCGUCACUUCCUCUUCCUGUUUGAUCGGCUGAUGCAGACGUUACACCUGGAGCUCGACCGACUUGGAAUCUUGGAACCCAUUUGUUAAAAAAAAAAUCUUUACAUAAACUUUAUAAUAACUAUAAAGAAAACACAAAUACAACCAAAUAUGUUUGACUAUUGUAUUUUCGAAUAUAUCAUAAAAUAUAUUUUAUGUAAAAUAUAAACAAAAUGCAUAUUUGUUGCAUUUUUAUUCUGUAAUAUAAAAGAUGUUAUUGAUUAUUGUGUCUGAUGAUAACUUUCACGUUUAGAAACCAAAUUCUUCAGUGCAAUAGAACGUUCUCUUUGGCACAAACUUUAUUAUAACUUUUUUCUCAAGUGCAGCUCAGUGGGGAGAGCGCCCCCGGUGGCCGAGUGAAACAUGAAUGUAUAUUUGAAGCAUUGGUAUGGAACCGCUUUAGUACUUUACUACAGACCAAAAUCAAAUGGUAUAUAAAGGAUAGAUUGAUAUCAAAGAUUUAAAUGUUUAUACAGAGAAAUUAUGUUUGUUUUAAAAAAUAAAAAUAUUCUGUCCUCCUGAA